GCGCGUGGUGUCUCCGCCGCAUGUGACGUAGAAUAUUUUGUACGGGAGCGAGCCUUUUAGCAGCCCUGUGUUGGUGUUGGAGAGAGAGGGGGGUUAAAAAAAAAUUAAAAAAAAGUCAGCGCAGCUAAUUUCACGAUCGUUUGUGAACCAAGUGGGCAGUUGCCUUGGUCGAGCUGAAGGCUGAUUUAGACAUGUCGGAGGACAACGACGAAACCCAGACCGCAGAAGAGACACCGGUGGAGGAGGAGACGGAGUCACAAGACAAGGUGAUUAGUCCAGAGAAGGCAGAAGAAGCUAAGCUGAAGGCCAGGUACCCAAACCUGGGGCACAAACCCGGAGGUUCUGACUUGCUUCGCAAACGCUUGCAGAAGGGGCAAAAAUACUUUGACUCUGGCGAUUACAACAUGGCUAAAGCGAAGAUCAAGAACAAGCAGCUGCCAACAGCUGCGCCGGAGAAGACGGAGAUCACAGGGGACCACAUCCCCACCCCCCAGGACCUGCCCCAAAGGAAACCCUCCCUUGUGGCCAGCAAGCUGGCCGGCUGAUCCGCAUGCGUCCUUACGACUCCCCACCCCCUCAUUCUCCAUGACCCUGCUCCACCCGAGCCUCAGAGCUGUAACAUUACCCACUCAUGCACCCCGACCCUCUUUCCACUCCACACCAGCCUGGACAAACCCAAACAGAACCAAACGGUCAGCAAAGUGGCCGGCUGAUGGCUUCUUAUCGUUUUUCAUUUCAGCCUUUUCUGGUCGAGUCCCUUCUGUUUUCCCCACUUGCCCUUUUUCUUUCCCCCUUCUUAUAUUUUCAGUCUACUUCAUGUAAGAUACAGAGAGAGCGUGUUGGUUGGUCUGUGGCGUCCCUUUGGACAGUAGGACUACUGAGUUAGGACGGGCGAGCCGCAGAAGCUGCAACACGCAGCUCUAGCGUAAAGUUCAGGGUUCCUCAGAUGAAGAUGAUUUAUGCCUGUAGCUGUACGCCUGUAUAUAUUUGUCCAUGUUUGGCACAGGGACGAGACGAAAUCAGCCCGUUCAGAACAUUUGACAUCCGAUCGGCGAAUCUUUCCGUCUGUAUGUUUGCGGGACGAAACCCUCCGACCCGGAGGGAAAUCUUUUGUUUAGACCAGGGGUCUCAAACUCUCGAGGGCCGGUGUCCUGCAACUUUUAGAUGUGCCUCUGCUGCACCACACCUG